ACUUCCUGAUGUAGAAACCAUCCACAGCUCCCCUUUGACUCGAAUACCCGCCAGGUGAGCGCGUGAGGAGGAGAGGCAGCGGACUGCAGGAUGGAGGCCUUGUACACGCAGGGGAUCUGGGUCGCUGAACGGCUCCAGCAGCGGUCCACAGGUCGAGAAGACAUCUGGCAGGUUGUCACUCACAUCGGAGACCCUAAAGCAGCUUUCCUGCUCGUCUUUCCCUUCACUUACUUCUUCAGUAAACGAGCUGGAGUGGCGGUGCUGUGGGUGGCAGCAGUGUCCGAGUGGCUCAAUUUAGUGUUUAAAUGGAUGCUGUUUGGAGAAAGGCCGUUCUGGUGGAUCGGAGAAUCACGUCUGUUUCUCCAGAAUCAGCCCAGAGUUCAGCAGUUUUCAUCCACCUGUGAAACCGGCCCAGGAAGCCCCUCGGGACACGCCAUGGUGACGGCGGCGGUGUGGUGGGUCGUGCUGUCCUCGCUGGGUUCCUUCCUGUACGCACGCAGUCGCAGUGUGGUGUUGUCGUCUGCUCCCUACCUGUUCUAUCUGGUGCUGCUGGUUUCAGUGGGACUCUCCAGGAUCUUCAUCCUGGCUCACUUCCCUCAUCAGGUCGUAGCAGGGAGCAUCACAGGCUUCGUGCUGGGCGUCGUUCUGAACCGCAGGGUCCCAGAGGGACGUCCCCUGUCCUUCUUCUUCGGCAUCAGCGUCGGGCUGCUGCUCGCCGCUCUGGCGCUUCACGCCGGACUACAGCAGCUGGGAAUCGACCUCUCCUGGUCCAUCGCUCUGGCGAAGAAGUGGUGCAGCCGUGCGGAGUGGAUCCGUCUGGACACGGUUCCGUUCUCGUCCCUCACUCGGGACUGCGGCGCUCUCCUGGGUUUGGGACUGGCCCAGUACUGGAAGCCCGGCGGGUGGUCCCUGCCCUGGGCUCCCAGGGCGCUGUCGCUGGCCUUCUCCUCCAUGGGGCUGUACCACGUCCACCGGCUGCCGCUGCCGGUCCGACCGGAGCUCCUCUUCUACGGCCUGUUCUUCGUCAAGUUCGUCAUCGUGCCUCAGAUUGUCAUGAUCCUGGUCCCUGGGCUGGUGCAUCUUUUCACAAACAAGAGGAAGAAGGACUGAGUGAGUCGUGUUCUCUGGCUUCUGUCCAUCUUCAGCUUCAUCCAGGUCAGGGUGGCGGGGCUAAGGGGGCCGAUCGCAGCUGAAUGUAGGGGAAGGUACAAACAACACUCACAGUCAUCAUCACCUCUUAACUCCAUGUGCAUUUUCCAAAAAAAUGCACACAUGCAGAACAUGCAGACUCUGCAGAGGAAGCUUCUCCAGCCUGGACUCGAACCAUACUUGCUUUGAGGAAAGACAGCUAACCGCUCCAGUCCCUCCCGGCUGUGUUCAGUGUUUCUCUCCGGUCAGGUCCUGUGUGGAGUCUGCAUGUUCUCCCCGUUCCGUCCAGGCUCGCUGGUUUGCUCCUGGUCGAGGUGAAGUGGCGUGACUCGUGAGUGUGUUUGACGUGGUGGACUGUCCAGGAUGGAUCAGAUCUAACAGACGGAUGGCACAUCCUGAGGUGUCGGGAAAGUAAAACCAUUUCUUCUAGAUGCAGCGUCUUCUUUAAAAGUGUAAGUUGGAAUUGUUAAUUGUUAGUUCAUUUUAAGUUUACAGCAUUUUUGACCAAGUUGUUCGUUCAUAGCUGGAGAUUCUUUGUUGGGGUGAAGAAGUUCAGUCUUGAAAUUUUCAAUCAAAACACUAAAUGUGCUUUUUGAAAGUGUAUUUUAAAAAAAGCUUUUUUGAGGGAAGCAGGUUCAAUCUGAUGGAAUCAGAUUAAGAAAAUGUUCAUUUUGGCUUCCGGGUGCUUGAAGUCUGUUACAGCGGAAGAGAAAUGUUGCUCCAUGUAAAUAAACUUUGAUACACUGCUGUGCUGUUGCUCCGUGGACAAAUAUCUUUCAAACUGAUAAA